AUGAGCGACUUUACCCCUCCUAGCGGACCUCCUCCUCCCAAAGUCCCGGAAGGCUGGAAAGCGCAGUGGAACGAGCAAUACAGCGAAUGGUUCUACGUCAACAUCUACACCAAGAAAUCCCAAUGGGAGAAGCCCACCGAACCAGUCUACGCUCCUCCCACCGACGGCGCCCCCGCUGGCCCUCCCCCAGGCUACUCCGGAGGCAGUUAUCCCCAAAACACGGACACCAAGCAGAACCCCUAUGCCUCGAGCAUGAACUCCAACCCGUCGACCGAAUCCGAUGCCGCCCUCGCUGCGCGCCUGCAAGCCGAGGAGGAUCAGCGAGCGCGCAGCGCUGCGGGAAGUAGGGGCGCCCAGCAGGACUACAUGAAUACGCCUAUGCCGGGGCAAUCGCAAGCGCCUGCGUACGGGCAACCGCAGCAGAACUAUGGGCAGCAACAGGGCGGCUACGGACAGGAGUUGCCGGCUCGGGAUCAGAAGAAGAGCGGUGCGGGUGGGUUCCUGGGGAAGUUGUUGAGCAAGGCGAGUGGGGCGUCGAGUAGUAAACCUCCGCAGCAGUUUGGAGGCGGCUAUCCGCAACAAAGCUAUGGCCACUCAGGCUAUGGCCAGCAAGGCUACGGACAGCAUGGUUAUCCGCAGCAGGGCUAUGGUGGGGGAUAUGGAGGUGGGUACGGCCACCCUCCCAAGAAGAGCGGCGGAAUGGGAGCUGGUGGUGCGGCGGCCUUGGGUGUGGGUGGUGGGUUGAUCGGCGGCAUGUUAAUUGCGGAUGCGAUUGAUGACCGCGAGGAUGAGGCUUACCAGGCGGGGUACAAUGACGGGAAUGACGGGGAUGAUUAUGGUGGAGGAGACGAUGGUGGUGGAGACUUCUAA